UGCUCCUCCUCGCACGCCGGAACAUUCCCCACGCGCCUCUCCCGCCGCCGUUGCCAUGAAUCAGCGCUCCCCACUGCCCGGCACUUCCGGGUCACCCGUCGAUCAUCCUCGGGUCUCUGGGAGACACCCGGAGUAUCGUGGCAUUCGGUCUCGCGGCAAGAAAUGGGUGUCCGAGAUACGAGAGCCGCGUAAAGUCACGCGCAUUUGGCUCGGCACUUACCCUACCACGGAGAUGGCCGCGGCCGCUUAUGACGUCGCAGCCCUUGCCCUGAAAGGCCCUGGCGUCCUCCUGAACUUCCCAAGUUCGGCCCUCACAUACCCCAUUCCGCCUUCCACGUCACCAACUGACAUACGGGCCGCCGCAUCCAGAGCAGCGGCUUCGAGGCUCCCGAGGCGGGAUAUGGACAUGGACUCAAACGCACGCAUGGCAGCUUCAGGGCCAGAGUUCAUCGAUGAGGAUGCUAUAUUGAACAUGCCGAACCUGUUGGCCGACAUGGCGGAGGGAAUGCUCGUGAGCCCGCCGCUGCCGCAGGAAUCAACGGAAUAUCUCAAUGCAGAAGGCCUGUGGAAUCAUCCAUGACAAGAACGAAGUCUUUCACGCAGUCACUUCAGAAGUAGGAAAGGUAUAUUGCUGCGGGAGUGAAUUUAAGAAAAUAGACGAGUGAAUAAAUGGAAAUGCCAAUAGGAUAUCACUGUGACGUGGAAUUUCCUGGUUUGUGGCUGAAAUUUUAUCAGCAGCUGAUUGGUUUGUGAGUUGUCAUGCGUAC